CACGCUGACAAAUCUCAAAUCAGUUGCAGACGAAGCUGCCUGCAUCAUCCGCUGAGUGAGCCAGGAACCGAGCAGCAGAACCGGAGAAAAGAUGGCGUUCACAUUCGCGGCCUUUUGUUACAUGCUAGCUCUGUUGCUCACGGCGGCGCUUAUCUUCUUCGCUAUCUGGCAUAUAAUAGCAUUUGAUGAGCUGAAGACUGAUUACAAGAAUCCUAUAGAUCAGUGUAACACUUUAAAUCCGCUGGUUCUCCCAGAGUAUCUCAUCCACUUCUUCUUCUGCGUGAUGUUCUUCUGUGCGGCCGAGUGGCUCACCCUCUGUCUCAACCUGCCACUGCUGGCCUAUCAUGUCUGGAGGUAUAUGAGCAGACCUGUGAUGAGCUGUCCAGGACUCUACGACCCGACAACCAUCAUGAACGCCGACAUCCUGGCGUUCUGUCAAAAAGAGGGCUGGUGCAAACUGGCUUUCUACCUCCUCUCAUUCUUCUACUACCUUUACGGGAUGAUUUACGUUCUGGUGAGCUCCUAAAUGACGGCCAUGGCGGAGGAGGACCUGCAUGUACAGUAGACGACCAGACACUAUGAUCUUAGUGCUGGAACACUGGACCUGCUGGAGAAGACCACCGUUCAGCAACACUAGAUGCCAUCUCUAGCGGACGAACUCUCGACUCCCCUCAAACACAGCGCAGCAGAGUGUCAUUUCGGAAACAUUUAGCCCGUUUAAAGACGAUAUCUUGGUCUCAGCGUUCCUCUCAUAGCACUAUAGAAACAAAAUUUUGGAAAAUGAGGACAAACCAGAAUGGACAUGUUAUUUUUUCCUGUUUUUAUUUUAAAAUUUGUGGUGAUUUUUUUUUUUUUUUGAUGCUUUGGGAUUUAAUUCAGUUUUUUUCCAUUUUGAUUCCCAGCUUUUGAGUGUUUACAAGUUAGGACUUUUUCAGGUGCGCAUUAUCGGUGUGAAUCUGAGCUGCAUUAGAGUUUUUCUGCAUUUUCUGCAUAGAAUUCUGGGCUUUAAAGCUAGUUUAUACUCUCCAUAUGAUUCGUUAUCAUCAGUUCAACUAAAGAAAAAUGCAACUAGGACUCUGCUAAAUCCUGCAGAGACUAAACAAGACUCAGUCCCAUUUCUUUUACCCCUACCCCUUGAUUCUGAGUGCCCCUUUAUCUCCUUUGACGUGGGACAGCCUGUUAAAGCAUCAUAAUCAGUCGUUAAACAUGAACGUAAAUGUGAUGAAUCUGUUCAUUUCUUGUGUGAGCGUCUUUUUUUAAAUGCUUGUUCUGGAUUAAAGGACCAUGACGCAUUGACACAACA